AUGGAGAAGAUGAAGGUGCAAGAUAAUGAAGCUUACAAGUGGCUUUUAAGAAGGCCACCAAAGAAUUGGAGCAGAUCUCAUUUCGAUGAACACUAUAAGUAUGACAUCUUAUUGAACAAUCUCUGUGAGACAUUCAACUCAUGCAUACUAGAAGCAAGAGACAAGGUCAUCUUAACACGCCUUGAAAGAAUUAGAACUUAUGUAAUGUUGAGGAUGUGUGAAAGAAGAACUGUUGGCAGGGUUUGGAAACAUCCUGUUGGGCCUAGAAUAGUAAAGAUCAUUGAGAAUUACAAGAAGGGAGCACAUCAAUGUAUUCCCAAGCUAGCAGGUGAGAAGAAAUACCAAGUGUCUCAUAUGUAUGGGGAUCAAUGGAAGAAGAUAAAUUUGCCUCUAAUUAGACCUCCUCCUUACAAGACCCAGCCUGGAAGACCCAAGAAAUCAAGAAACAAAGACCCUUCUGAGGUUGAAGUACGUGUUCCAGUCCCCCCAAAUCCUAUACCACCUAAUUACAUUCCACCCCCUGCAAAAUUGAGAAGGGUUUUUAUCAAGAUCACGUGUUCUAUUUGUGGCCAAGAAGGACACAAUAAAAUAAAACACUUUAAACAAGGAGAUGCUGCUAAUUCUAGCAAUCAAGGGGUAACUGAGGUAGUUGAGGACCAAUCUAAUGGGUCAAGAAGGCCUGCAAUAGGCAGAGGAAGAGGUGUACAUAAAGGUCCAAUAAAAGGUGGUUGUAGAGGAAAGGGCAAACAACCUAGCUCUUCAUCAGUUGGAGAUGAGAAUGAAAAAGGAAAGCACCAGUUGCUUCACAGCCCCUCCCAAACAAUGAAGAUUCAUCCUUUUCAUCACCAUCAAACAAUGUGCAAUCAUCAUCUCAACUUGUUUUAA